AUCUCUGCUCGCUCGCUCUGGCCAAGCAAUCUUAGCCGGAAGCUUGGUCGGCUGGAACCAACAUAUAUGGAUGACCUUUUCCCCCAGGCAGGUAACUGCACACGCGCUGCAUCCAUACCAUGUUUCAAUUCCUCUUCCGUGAGCUCGGGCUCUGCUAUGGCUUUGUGCGCCGCGACCUGGGCACUGGCCUGCUUCCAGUCCCGGGAUUCACGCUGGCCUCCUUACUCUACCGCAAGGCACCCCGGGAGGAAAUGGUUCCAGCUAUUGCCAUGGCCUUCCUGUACGGCUUCCUCUACCUCUACACCUUUGUGGUCUCCAACCAAAUCACCGGGGUAAGCGAGGACAAGAUCAACAAGCCGGAUCGCCCCAUUGCGUCCGGCGCAGAAUCGCUGUCGGCAGCCAAGAUUCGGUACUGGGUUCUCACCACGCUGUAUCUCGCUCUGGGAUAUGUUCUGGGUGUCUCCGAAUGGGCGUUGUUGUGGAUUCUCACUACGAUUGCGCACAACCCCUUGGGAUGGUCCGACUUCGGGCCCACCAAGGACCUCUGCAUGGGGCUCGGAUGCAUCGCCCAGCUGAAAGCCGCAUGGGCCAUUGGGGGUUCCCCGCCGGACAUGGGCUGGGCGUGGAUUAAGAUCAUCACGUUGUAUAUGCUGUGGCCGAUCCCGCUGCAGGAUUUGCGGGAUGUACCUGGCGAUUUGGCUGCCGGACGCCGCACGACGCCAAUUCUCCUGGGAGACAUGCCUGCACGUAUUUACAUUUCCGCGGGGAUCGUCGUAUCGCAGUUUCUGCUCAUCAAAUACCGCAUUCUGGCGUAUCGCUACGACACAUCCACCAUGAUUCUGUCGGCUGCUCUGGUCCUCAUGACCGUGGGAUGCAUCUUCCGCUUAUUCGCCUUCCGGUCUCUGACCAGUGAUCGGUUCUCCUACUGGUUGUAUACCGUGAUCUAUGUUUUCCAGCCAUUGUCGGCAUGCAUUACGCUGCGCUGAGUCCCAAUGCUCCAGACUAGUGCGAUCGAUAUGACGAACGUAUUGAUAAAGCGAGAGUGAUAGACUGA